AUGUCAACUGACUCACUCUACCCGUCAAUCCCAGCCCAGUUGCAUCUGCUGAUCCAUGCUUCUUGGACGCCUUGGAAAUAUUCAUCUACUUGCAUACCCGGAUACCCUUUGCUCACAGGUAACACACGGUAUGUAUGUGCAUACUACCUCUGUAGGUGUUCCGUCUUAGCCAUGGGCGCCUACUCUGAGGGAGGCGUAGAGUCUACGGCCGAUCUGUACUCGAGCAAUCUUAGCGAGAGCCAGUGGAGGCGAAGAUGGGACGCCACAAUUAUGAAACGGAAUGGCGAGCCAAGUCUUCGGUCCUGUUUCUAUGUGAUCAUCUCGCGGUGUUCUACCUCAAGCAUACGAGUCAUUGUUCAUACCCCAAAACUUUGUUUUCAUCACAUCAAGAUGCAUUCCGUAAACUUUCUCCUGCCUCUUGCCUUUGCCUUAUCAGCGAGUGCCGAUCCUGUUGGUACGCCAUCUGUACCUGCAGGAUAUACGCCUGCCCGCCAAUUCCAUCACUACAAUGCCCAUGAGCGACGCGAUGACCCCGAGGUCGACCCCGAAAUACUUUGUGGUGCCAACUACAAAGACUGCGGCGACGGUUGGUGUUGCAGCGCUAGACAGAAUUGUGCCGGCAAGAUUGAGACAGUUCCCGUCUGCAAGGAUCCUACCGUGACCUACGGAAUACUCGAGGGUACCGAACCUGCCAUGCCAUUUGAUGAUCUAGACGAUAAACUUGAAAGCAUGUCGAACCUGUUGGAAAGCUUGACUGGUGGACCUCAGACUGAUAGACCCCGGACUACCGGACCUCAGACGAAUAGACCUCAGGCUGAAGGAACUCAAACUGAUGGACCUGAAGCUGAUGGUCCGGCCAACACUGCAGGGUUCCAAGAGACUGGUGCUGCUGCUGUCAAUGGGCUGAAUGGAUUCGGUUCAAUGGCAGUAGUUGUCGCAGGUCUGUGGGGAAUUGCGGCCAUGGGUGGUGCAGGUUUCUUACUCAUGUGA